AGAGAAAAAUGGUAAUUGGAAAGUCAAAGCCAGAAAUUAUCCACCAUAAUCUCCUACUGACACCAACUCAUUAUGGCAGCCUUCACCUUCCACUGUUUUUACCUUUACCCCUGUAAGAGCUUGCAGUGCUCCCCAGUAAAAUUAAGUCAACAGUAAAACAAAGGAAGUCAGGCCACUGCAGUCAGUGCAGGCAGGGUGAUCUCAAGAUUGAGGGUCAAGGUACAAGGUUAAGGGUGGAGGAGAAAUUCAGGUGCCAAUCUGGAGACCUGUGCUUCACUUCUUUGGAUUCUGCGAUUCCUCUAACUCACAAGCUUCCCACUGGACACACUCGCAAGAGAUCUACACGUACUGGCCGUGCAGACUGAGCUCAGGCUGUGCUCUGAGCAAAAUGGAAACCAUGUGGUCAUGUUGCUGUGGCACGUAGCCUACACUCUCAGCCUUCACUACUGACUCAGCCCUGGGCUAACUGCAGCUGUACAGCUUCCAGCUGGCUGAAAACAGGGGCAGAGUGCUCUGCGUGACUGCAAAAUACCACAGACAUUCCCCGUGCUACUGACCCAAUGCAUUUUACUACUUAAUUGACUACAGAUUAAGAGAACUUGGAUCUUCUGUGAGAACCUCGAGCAACAUGGAUAUAAGCUGAUCAUCAGAGCAAAAGACUGUUGGUAACACAGGCACCUCGCAGACCCGCUUUCUUCUUCUGUUGGUCAGCCCAUGUGCAAGUCCCACAAGCACUGUCAUCCUUGAAGGACCAUCUGCUCUAACAUCUCAGUCAGAUGACAAAAAAGUCAGAAGCGCUAUUUUGGGCUUGGAAAAGAAAAAAAUAAGGAACUAAAUCUAUUUAGUUUAAGAGAAGCAAGAAACAACGUCCUCUGUAAGUACUACCAGAUGAACACAAGCAUGCUCACAGUAGGCUCCUCAGUUUCCAAGCAAAAGACUUCAAGCAGCUGCUAUCUAAAUAAAGUCAAAUCUGGACAAAUUCAUUGUGACAAACAAGCUUCCAGAGAGAGCAACUAUCCAUUGGGCAAGAAUGAAGUAUCUCUUAUCCACAACAGUUAAAGAAAGACUAUUCCCCCCUCCCCUCCCCUUCAAAAAUACAGCCUCUUUAAAGUAGUAAUUGAUCCAAGGAGGUCCAAUGGUCUGGGUUACCAGAUCAGUCUGUGUGACACCAGAAGAUCUUCCUGCUUUAGAAAGAAUCAAUGAAUCUUCAAGUAUUAGAGAGAAACGAAAGUUACAAGCCUAUCUUCUGGAAUUUAAACCCAAACAGUCCCAGCUUAGAGCUUGUGAACAGCUGCUUGCUAUUAAUAUGUAAUUAAACAGACCAACAAUGUCUUGAUGUUAUCUAUUCUUUGUAGAGACUGCCUAGGGCAAAAGGUUGUGAGGAAAAAAUUCUGCAAGAGUUUGAUCAAGUUAUUACAGGUCAAAUUACCACAACACCUCAUUUCUGCAAAUUAGCUUUUUACUGUGAUGUAGGUAAUAUUACUAGAUGGAGCCCAAUGAUUUGUAUGAUAAGGAAAAGGAUCUGGCUUUCUGUUUGCUGGAAAAUAUGGAAGCUUUCCUCUAUCAACAUGAAGUCACUUCUGUCAGAAAUUCUCUUCAGAAUGCAGGAAUAGCCACAUUAACAUGCACACACCUGUAACUUUUAUAGGGAAAUGUCACUCACAUCAGUAAAUAACGCUGGCAUACAUCCAGUUUCACUUGUGCAUGAGGACUUCAAGGAGAGACAAUACCACCACUAGAGGAUCAAAAGCACUGCGUUUGGCUGUGGUGCUGUUACCAGAGGCCUAAUCCACUGAGCUACCCCCAACGGGGUUAGAUGAAAUGGCAGCCAAGGUUGUCCAGAACCAAGGGAUGGUGAAUCGUCUCUAUGUGAGAUUUCUGCUGGCACUUCCUCCGCCAGCAAACACAUCUUACUAUGGUAAUUCGGCCCCUUUCAAUUAAGUGGCAUACUGGAAACAGGAAUUGAGAAAAGCUGAAUUUAAAAAAAAAAAAUCUUCAAAAUUCAGCAGAGGGUCCUCUUCCAAAUUCUGAAUGAUAGUUGAAUCAGUCUGGGGGAGGGAAAGGCAGGUGCUAACUGGAUAGAAUUAAGGCUGACAAAUGUCAAUUUUGUCCAUUUAUGUAGGUCCUGAUGGAGAGAACACCUGGCCGAAGAAAUACCCGUUUUGUGGAGGAGUAUUUCAAUCACCAAUAGAUUUUCACAAAGAUAUUCUCCAAUAUGAUUCUAAUCUCUCACCUUUAGAAUUCAUAGGCUAUAAUGUGUCCUCCACUGACCAGUUUACACUGACUAAUAAUGGGCAUUCAGUGAAAAUGCAUCUGUCACCUACCAUGCAUAUCAGAAACCUCCCUUUUGAAUACACUGCAUCUCAACUUCACCUGCACUGGGGAAACAGAAACAAGUCGGAAGGCUCAGAGCACACAGUCAGCGGGAAGCACUUUGCAGCAGAGAUGCAUAUUGUACAUUAUAACUCUGAGAAAUAUCCAGAUAUAACAGCAGCAAUGGACAAAGCAAACGGACUGGCAGUUUUGGCCAUUCUUCUUGAGAUUGGACCCUUCAACCCAUCAUAUGAAAAGAUCUUCAGGCACUUCCGGAAUGUGAAAUAUAAGGAUCAGAUGGUCCACGUCCCUGGUUUCAACGUUCAGGAACUGCUUCCUGACAGACCAGAUGAAUAUUAUCGCUAUGAAGGAUCCCUGACAACUCCUCCUUGCUACCCAAGCGUUCUCUGGACAGUCUUCCGGCACCCCGUUACAAUUUCACAAGAGCAGCUGCUGGCACUGGAAACAGCCAUGUAUUGCACAGAGAGUGAUGACCCAGAACCCCUGGAAAUGGUCAAUAACUUCCGAAACGUUCAGGAGUUUCGUGAAAGACUUGUUUUUAUCUCCUUCCGCGAAGCUGUUUUGUAUGCUUCUCCUUUUCUUCUAGGUGUUCUUGUUUCUGUUGUGAUAGCCUGCGUUGUGGGAGUUCUCAUCUUUCUUGUAGUAGCCUGUUGCCUAUGCAGGAGGAAAAGCUGCAAAAAAGAAGAGAACCGAGAGGUCACCUACACGCAAGGCAAGCACCAGAAGGAAGAAGCUAUUUCCAAUCUAUGAUGCUGUGCUCUGUCUCAGAUGCCCCAUUUCAUUUGUAGCACUGACUGAUUCUGCACUAGUGGAACAUAAUGCAUUCUCUUGUGGAGUGGACUCUUAUUCUUGGCUAAUGAUAAGCUCAGAGUGUUCUAAAAAUGCGCCAGCCCAAACUUUUACUGGAGCCUUUGUUCUCCUUUUCCAAGGAGAUAUGAUCAGUGAACACUGCUGAGGGCUAAAUUCCUUCCCAGACUUACUUCAUGCUGGCUGCUUACUGAGUCUGGGUCUUUUAACUGAUCCUAUAGUUAAUCCUAAGCUCCAGUUUUAUGGUUUGUUUAGCAAAAAUUUUCCCACAAGUAUUCAAACUUGAAGACAUUGAGCAAGACACACGUACUCUUUACUGCUAGAUCAGUGUUUUGGUCUUUGGGCAAUCCAGGAAAAGCAUCAUGAACACAAACAAGAUAUUUAAAAGGGCAUUUGUCUUAUUUAUCUUAAUAUCCUGCUCUUAUUUAUAGCAUGCAUAAGAAUGAUGUGAGAGAUGCUGCCAUUGCUGCUGCUUUUUAGCAUGCUACUUCCUAUUUAAUCAUGAAAUCUUGACUGAUUUUAGUGUACAUAUAAGAAAUCCAAUUAUAUUGUAGAUUGUUUUGUUGAUUUAGUUUUCUGAAUUUAGUAAUUUAACUAUUAGAAGGUAAUUAAAAUUAUCUCCCCAAAAUUUCAUAAAAUAAGUACUCCUGAGUCUCACUGUGCGUUUUUGAAAGCGAGAAGUAUGCUGCUGCUGAAGGUGAUGGGUUCAAAAGAACAAGGUUUAACCAGCCUAGCAGCAGGUGCUUACAGAACCUCUCAUGAAUUUGACAUGUGAAGAACCUCAGCCCACACAACCAAGAAAUAUAUGCUUACUAUAAGGAAAAAGUAGCUGCUCACGUGCAACGUCAGCCUAACAUCAGCUUCUAACAGCUUGGUUCCAGCUAGCAGGCUAGGCACAGGACUUUUCUACUAAAAGCUGCCAACACUAGGAUCCUAAUAUCUUAUUUUUACAUUUCAGCCACUAUGAACAGUGUAGUGCUAUGGUACACCUUGCACAGCUAAGCUCAUUCCAAAAGUUGUUCCUGUUGCAUUAGGUUACAUGAAGUUCUAUAUGGAUCGUAUCUCACGUGUGUAAAUCAAAUCUGAAGGAUUUACUUCAGGCAGGCAAAUUUUCAUUUCUAAAAAAGCUUACUGAACAUAAGAGCUUAAAAAAAAACCAACAACAAAGUUUCUUAACUGCAGCUAAGG